AUGGCGGCCAAGACCUUUGCCGGCUCGUCCCUCAUCCUCGGCAGCUGCGGCAUCGAUCUGUCGGUGCUCCUGUCGCUCAACGGGGAGCCGGGCUGGAUACAUAUAUCCACCCAUUCAAAGACAAGGAAGGCUGCCUGCAACGAAGGACUUGCGCUUUUGAGUACUUGCGGCUCCGGCUCCCGGCACGAAAGGGGGAAAGGAAGUGCAUGUCGCUCUGCAUCAUUCGGAAAGGGAAAGGCUGUAAGGAGAAGCGGCAUGGAAGAGGAGAGGCAGGCAAGUGUUUCGGGCAUGGAAGCAAAAUGA